UGGCUUUACCGUGAAGCCACCUGUGACCGCACCGGCACUGACGUGAACACCUUCAAAGUGAGCAUACCUCAUCCCGCCCUGGAGGAUCCACGCUAACAAGGUUCAGGUCUCCUGCAUGGCCGAGAACUCCCACGCCGACAUCCUCUACCGCCUUCCCGGCGCUUGUGGCAAGAACCAGUGGUGCGUCGAGUUCCACGGCUACAACGAGAUCGGCCAGGGAGCCUGGGACGUCACUUGCGUCGACAAGCCCAGUAUUCAUACCUGGGUCGCCAACACCUUCUCCAACCCGGGCCAGGUCACCACCUGCAGCGCCGGAUGGAACAACAACGGCAAGCGUAAUCUCAAGGCUACCUUCGAAGUCGACGUCAUGGAUGCUGGUGGAAUCAACCGUAUCAACCCCAAGGAGGUCUACUACCAGCUUGGUGGCAAGCGUAUCGGUGUCUCCCGCAGCGGUGACUCUGAGGUCGGUUCGGGAUCUAUCAUCAUUCCCCCUGGUGGAUCUAUUCAGGCUUGCGUCACUGCCUACUCAGGACAGAUUAUCAACAUGCUCGGUGCUCUCACUUCUAUCGUGUCGCUUUAAAACCAGAACAAGCCGGCCAGGCAACGCUUUCGUACGCCUAAACAUCACUUGAGAAGCUUUCAUAUUCAGACCGAACUAAAUGAUGUUUCGUAUAAGAGAUUAGCACAGUCAUUACCGGAUAGUUGCACCUUAGAUACACU